AUGCCUGACGGCGGACCGCAGCUCCCGGCGCUGGCGAACUUGCUAGUCUUGUUGGCGGCGGCGCUGGGCGGCGGCCAGAACGCAACCGCCAGCGGCGGCACAAAGGCGCCUGCCACCUCCGCGCCUGCCAGCUACGUGUCUGGCGUGCCCACCCGCAUCUCUGAUGGCGACAGCCUGGUUGUGGGCGACACGCGGGUGCGGCUGUUCGGCAUUGACGCUCCAGAGCUGGCACAGGAGUGCUUGGAUGCGGCGGGCGCACCCUACCCCUGCGGCGAGGUGUCCCGGGACGCGCUCAUCGCCAAGAUCGGCGGCUCGGAAGUGCGGUGCGAGGAGAAGGACACCGACCAGUUUGACCGGAUGGUGGCGGUCUGCUAUCUGCCGCUGCCCGAUGGCACCAGCCUCGACCUGAACGGCUGGAUGGUGGAGCAAGGGCUGGCAGUUGCCUACAGGCAAGCUUGCGGCGGCCUGCGGCGUGGUGGCAGCUCGUGGCGGUACACCGAUGACUACGUGGCGGCCGAGGAGGCGGCACGGCAGGCUCAGCGUGGCAUGUGGGCCGGCGAGUUCCAGGAGCCCGAAGACUUCCGCCGCAACGGCCCCCCCUCCUCCUCCUCUGCUGCCGCCGAAGACGCUGCCGAGGCCGAGGACCCGCAGCCCCCAGCGGAGCAGGGUGCAGCAGGGGGCGAGCAGGAUGCCUCUGGCGCCGGCGACGGCAGCGGAGGAGAGGCCGGCGGCGGCGGCGGCUGCUACAUCAAGGGCAACAUCUCGAGGUCCACCGGGGAGAAGAUCUUCCACGUCCCGGGCAGCCCCACAUACGACAGCGUGGUGAUCGACGAGAGCCAGGGCGAGCGCUGGUUCUGCAGCGAGGCGGAGGCGGAGGCGGCGGGGUGGCGGGCGCCCAGGUGA